AUGACUUCAAAAGAAGCAUCGCAACUUUUCAAAAAUUUCGUUGUCCUUCUCAAGCUCUUCCUGCCAAGCAAAGAAGAUGGACAGGAGAAUGUUUACAACGAUCUAGGGAUAAAAGUUUUUGACCCUGUGGAGGAUGUUCUAACGCAAAUCACAGACCCUAACGUUGUCCUGGAAACUAUAGCCACACAGAGCUCAUAUUUAGAAGCUCGCAAAUCUAUUGAGGAAAGAAAUGUUAAGAAAAGCAAUGAUGUAGAGCCAAAAGCCGCCACGAAACCAAAAUUGAAGCAGAGUAUGUAUAAUGAUUAUAGCGAUAAUACAAGAGAGGUGUUUAUAGAUCGAAUGUUAGAAAGCGUUGAAGAAAGAGGA